AUGCAGAAUGCAGAGAGUGCUAAUUGUCUUUGCCAUGUUGCAGCAACCGUGCGAAAUGCGUCCAAGAAAACGGGCGGUAGCUCGCGAAAUCCUCCAAAACAUCCGCGCCCGAAGCAUCGUGGUUGGAAGGUGCAGGAUGGCCAUCACGUAUCGGCUGGCACUAUACUGGUAACACAGCGCACCACUCGCUUCCAUCCCGGAUUGAAUGUUGGCUUCGGUAAAAAUGGCACCCUGUUCGCUAUGGAGCACGGCAAGGUGUACGUUACCUGUGAAAAGAUUGACCCAAACUGGGAUCAUACCUGGGUGCAGCGGUGCUAUGCCGGCCGGGAGGGACAAACUAUUUACAAGAAGUUCUUCAACGUGGUACCAGCACCGCAACACCAGCGCUUUAAGCUGAUAGAUGAAAUUUAA